CCCAGGGAGAUCCGAUCCGUAGUUCGGCGUCGGUGGCGUCUAAAUUAAGAUCGCCUUCGGCCGGCCUCGGCACGCCAAGAUGCUCGCGCGCACACAGAACCGCCUCUCUACAAAAACCAAACGUAGUACAUAUUAUAUUUUUUUCUCGAAUUCGAAUUUUCCCAACGUAAAACGAAAUUUAACUGUGAUUUGUGAUAACUUCUCUAGUAAAAAGACAUUGUUAUAAUGUCUGUGAAGUGAAAUCGAAGUGUAAUUUCUUUUGAAAAGUGAAGACGGCUUAGCAAAAUGAAGUUCACAAUAGAUGUAUUGGGCAUAUUUCUAAAAGUAGUAAUUAGGGUAAACAAAGUAACCUUCGCCCCCCUAGUGGUAUCAACCCUCUUCAUCCUCCUAACGUCACUGCUGGCGCAUUGCGCGCGGCGCCUGGUGCAGAAGCUAGUGAAGGAAUCAUUUGUUCGCGUUCUGUUAGAAGAGGCCAUUGCUGCUGCGGAGUUAUGCGGCUGUUGCUUUGAACUUAUUAUUGUGGCAGACAACUUUGGCGUGGGCACGUACGCCAUUUUCCUGUUCGCGCUCACAAUCUGGUGGUCGCUCAACUGGGGGGAGGCGACGGCAUGUCCGUACACCCAUCUUGAAGAUAUCAUUGAAGGCAAAGGCGAUGUCCGCAAAGCCUUGCUGAAGACCUGGGCGGAGCUCGCUGGAGGCCUGCUCGUGUUCAAGUACGUCCAGAUGUACUGGGCCCUGGAGAUCUCCGAGACACACAAGGACAAGGCGUUUGAGGACUGCAAGGCUGAUUUGCAGGUACCAGUUUUAUACGGUGCCGUGGUGGAAGGCAUAGCGACGUGCCUCUGCCGCCUCGCUUCCAAAAGUCUGGGAGACCUCAACCCUCGCUUCGCAACCGCCAUUGAUUCCUUCAUUGGGACCUCUCUAGUCGUUGCUGGAGUCCUCAAUAGGCACACGGUAUUCGUCUACCGCUAUCAGGACAAUUUUAGUGCCAAUGACGACCUAAGCGUGUCCAUCUUUUGCAAAGUGCAUUUAGGAAAAGCAUUCGAUUAUUCCGGCGGCUACUUCAAUCCAGUCCUAGCGACGUCGCUGAAGGCCGGUUGCGAUGGACACACUCUUCUAGAACAUGCUGUGGUCUACUGGAUCGGCGCCUGCGCUGGCUCCGUCCUCUCAGUGUAUGUGUACAAGCUGCCGGCCAUCCAGAAAUACCUUGCCCCUAGCAAUACUGAGGCUAAUGGUGACAGCAUUUGGGAUAACAAGGAGGAUUAAUUCUAGAGCCGAUUUCACUAAAGAGUACCUACGUAUUUAAUCCAAGAUGAACCGCUAAAAUUAUGGUAUUGUGUCAGAAAUCUUUCAGAAUAAAAGUUGUUAACAUGAACAAUAAUAAAGCAUACCAGAAAGAAUUUUAUCGCACAAGUUAAGAGAAAUAUCGUUCAAUUGACGACCAGUCUGGCCUUGUUGGUAGUGACCAUGCCUGUGAAGGUUUCGAAUCCCGGGAAGGAAAUUUAUUUGUGUCGUGAACACAGAUAUUUGUUCCUGAUUCUUGGUUGUUUUGUAUGUACUUCAUUACUUAUUUAUUUGUGUAUAUAUCUUUAACGUUGUCUGAGUCUCACAACACAAGCCUUCUUGAGGUUACUGUAGGGCUUACUCAAUUUGUGUAGAAAUGUCCUAUAUUAUUUAUUAAUUUAUUUAUUAGGGCUGUAUAGCCCUCAACUUGGAGUAUGAUCACAGGAGAGACGCGAACCUAAUUGCUGUGUCUAUCUUGGAAUAAAUUCUACUCUUGGUUAAACAAACAUUGCCUACUAAAACCUAUUAUUGGUGUAACAUUGAUAUAUUUAUUUCGCAUAAUGUAAUGUGCUAACACCAUACAUAUUCAUAAAUAUACAUUUAAAAUCGGACAGACAGACAGAUAUGGCGAAUCUAUAAGGGUUCCGUUUUUUGCCAUUUGGCUACGGAACCCUAAAAACAGGGACAUUAUAUUGUGUGACAUAUUACAUUAUGCUAAAAAGUAUAAUCGUCACUAGGCGAUAUCUGAUGCUAGUCACUAUGGGGUCAUUGUUUUGAAUUAUGUUAUGGUUAUUGAUAUAAAUAUAAACCAGUUAAUUAAAGAUGACUUUAAUGCAAUAAUAAUCUUAACAAGGCGAAUUAUUAUUAUAAAAAAAAACUCGACUGCUAACAUAUUUUUUUGAAUUGGUCUUUUCACUAGCUUAUAUAUACCCUAUACCCGUACUAUAGUAAGAAAAAAUAUAUCACUACAACAAUUCUGACGAAUUCAACAACACCUCAUAUAUCAAAAACCGUCCAGCCCUCUGGGACGCAGGACGUGCCAAAGAAAUUGACAUGCAUACAAUCAUACAUACAUACUCUCGAAAAAAAUUCAAGGAACCCUUCUGACGCAGUCGAGUAAAAAUAAUUUUGAAACUUUGUAAUGUUGACAUGAUAGAUAACCUAAAAAAAUGACAGCAUAUUAUACUUCCGUACGAUAAAAAAAUUCAAAACCUGAUAAUUAUGAUCCCUAGAUUUUUUAAUUUUAUAUCCAACUAUUAUAGUGACCCUUCCAAAAAUAUAAUAAGUGCUACGUACUCCCGUUGUAAAUAAAUAAUAAAUGUUUUAUUAAA